CUCCAAUUGCCUUCCCGGAUUCCAGUCCCAUCGCGAAAACACGACAACUGCCCGCGGUCCACGCGAGCCGCCAUCGCCAUGGGAGACCGCCUGACCCAACUCCAAGAUGCCGUCGACCAACUCGCGCAGCAAUUUGUAGCGUGCCUCUAUUACCUCCACAAACGACACGAUCUCGAGACGUUGGGCCCGGAUGACAAGAUUAGAGAGCUGAAGCCAGAGGAUGACCCGAAGGAAGUCGAGCCCGUGCCCGCCGACGAGUUCAAGGCCGGCCAGCUCGAGCUGGCGCGGGACCUGAUUCUGAAGGAGCAGCAGAUCGAGAUGCUGAUCUCUACCCUCCCCGGCCUCGACAACAGCGAGCAAGACCAGGAGCGCAACAUCAAGGAGCUCGAGGAGGAACUCAAGGUUGCCGAGGCCCAGCGGCAGGACGCUUUGAGGGAAAAGGAGGAAGUCCAGGCAAAACUCGAUCAGGUCAUAAGAAGCAUAAAGCGCCCAGCAGCAGUCAGCUGGUAAUGGCCCGAGCCACCGAGCCAAGUCCAGCACUUGGCCCUUUUUUUUCCCGAACCGCCGAGCCAUGAUUACUGUCGCGCACCAAGCCCACCCAGGUCGCCUCCACGCUACGACUCCAAAGCCUAUGAGAUCCGCGGUCUUCCGACACGAUGAGCCUGACUGCCCAUCUGGGACUUCUUUGUCGUUUGUCUAUUGAGGAUCUAUCAUUUCACUUUGGCAUCGGAUUACAAAGAAGGGCACCCAGGCUACUCGCCCGGCGCGAAAGCUUCGGGAAAGACGAUCCGCAGCUCCUCCAGGUGACGUACCUGGUGCUUUGAGGCCGGAGUGCGUGGUACCUUCGAUCCCUCCUCAACCAGGUGCGCUGUGUGCCACCCAAUCUCCUGGGCCUUCUUGCAGUUCUGGUACGAGUCGUCUAGGGAGAAGGUUAGAUGGGAGAAAGAGUAAGGUGGUUUUAGAUACUAGACCCCGAAAGAUGGAACCACAUGAAGGAGAUUUUUCUCUCAAACCCGCUUGGGCCAAGUGGAAAAAGAGAUAGACUUACCAACGAAAUAGCAG